ACAUGCCACCCAAAGUUGGAUCUAAAGGUUCUAAGAAAGCUGCCACCAAGGCUAAGGCCCAGAGAACUGGGGACAAGAAGAAGCGCAGGAGGAGGAGGGAAUCCUACGCUAUCUACAUCUACAAAGUCUUAAAACAGGUGCACCCUGACACUGGAGUUUCCAGCAAGGCCAUGAGCAUCAUGAAUUCUUUCGUCAAUGACAUCUUCGAGAGAAUUGCCGCUGAGGCCUCCCGUCUGGCCCACUACAACAAACGCUCAACCAUCACCAGCAGAGAAAUCCAGACUGCAGUCCGCCUUCUCCUGCCAGGUGAAUUGGCCAAGCAUGCUGUCUCUGAAGGUACCAAAGCUGUCACCAAGUACACCAGCAGCAAGUAAACUGCAGGGAUAUGUAGUUGACAUAACCAAACGGCCCUUUUCAGGGCCACACAAUUUUUUCGAAAAGCUACCAUCAUUACAAUACGCAGUUACUGGUACAUUAAAUUUGUGUUCAAUAGUCAUGAUUGUUUCAAGACUAUACAUUCACUAUCAAAAUGAGUACCCAUCUUCACAGAAACUGAAAUUACAACAGGCUGUCACAUCUAAGAAUAAAACAGUUCUGUCUCUAUUACUGUACACCAAUUACUUAUUGAUCUUCAUUAUUCAAUAUUAUCGUACAAUUUAAUAUAUCAAAACGGCGCAAUCUACAAUAUGGUCAUAAAAUAAUGAGCUAAACAUUAUCAGUGUCUGCUUUUCAAUCAUGAUUAAAGUCAAUUUCACUGCCCUAUAUUUUAAUAGUUUUAAUCCUUUUCACCAUAGCAAUUUAAUAUCAUUUCAACAUGUAAGAUAAUAAAAAUACAAUUCUGCAGUUUUCAAUUAAAAUUUCUGAUUUCAAUUACUUAUUCUGUCAUGUUUUAGACACUUACAAGAGAAAUCAAUGAGGGUUGGAGGAUCAAAUGACAUGAAUAUAUUUCUUUACAUUAUCAUUAAAUCAAUGCGCAAUAACUGACCUAUUUAAAUUUAAACAAUAGUCAUCUUCUGACAUGUGAAAUGUGGCUUACUUUAAUAUCAUUCUUUGAUUAGGCUAAGUGUAAAAGUGAUUGUUCAUAACUCAUGUGACUUCCAACCACUCUUAUUUCGAGUGCAUGUGGCAGGGGAAAUGAAUGCUAACUCAUUACUAAUGACAGGUAAAAGUGUAGUAUGUCUCACAGAGUGUGUCGGUGUAUUUCACGGCAUUUGUGAUAGAGGCAUCUUUUCUAAAAGUUUGGUGGCCGUUAAAACGGCCGUUUGUUUGUUGUCAGUGCUGCAAG